AUGGCAUGGUCAGGCAGUGCCGACUUCUCGGGUCUCCAUCAGUCAUCGACCUCGACACCCUUCAACGGAGACGUGCCGCAGUCGCUGCAGCAGGUCCAACACCAGCAGCAGCAACAGCAACUCACGCCCUCAUCGUCAACGACAGCAGGCCCGCCGAGGAAGAGGAAGAAGAGCGAGAUCCAAGAUGACACCAGUCCGCCGGCAGACACGUCAGGAGGCCUGGCAAAGGCGCACCCGGUGAAGAGAGCGUGCAACCAGUGUCGGCAGCAAAAGCUACGAUGCAACAUCCAGACCGAGCCAGAGUUCCAGCCGUGCGCGCGAUGCAUCAAGCACAACCUGACGUGCGCCAUCGACCCAGGCUUCAAGCGACAGGAGAAGCGACAGCGACAUGCCGAGAUGGAGCGCGAGCUCGACACGCUCAAGAACGAGAACGCGAACCUGCGUCUGCUUAUCACAAGAGGAGGAGGCAUGCCCACCGGAGAUCCUGCACAACCUCCUACUUUCCCGCCGCAACCACCAUACGCAAGCGCGAACAACCCAUUCCCGGGCCCCAAUGAAGCAGCUGCUUCGCGAUCAUUACUCGACCUGGCACAAGGCAGCAUCGACUACCCGACACGAGAGCCGACACUACACACACUGGGGAGAGUGACUCUGACCGAGAACGAAGUCAUGGACCUUGUCGGAAUCUACUUUGCGCGCUACCAUCCAUACCUCCCCUUGCUGUCUCCUGACACGCCCUACACAGCCUUCUUCGCCAUGUCUCCCCUACUGCAUUGGACCAUUCUCACAAUCGCCAUGCGCCGCUACGAAGGACGUCCUGGACUGCUACAAGAGCUGCGCCGCUCAUUCACAGACCUGAUGUGGUCUACAAUCGCCUCGGAUCCGCAGUCGUACCACAUUGUCAAGGCUUUGGUUCUCAUCUGCACAUGGCCCAUGCCUAGCAGCUCGACGUCUCACGACCCGAGUAUGAUGCUUUGCGGAACCAUGGUACAGCUCGCCAUGCAAUUCGGUCUCCAUCGUCCUUCACAUGCCCAAGACUUUUCGCGCAAUCGCAUCGAGUUGCGCGAGGAGGACAUCCAGGAUCGCAUGCACACUUGGGUUGCUGUCAACUUGCUCGCACAGAACACCUCCACUGGUUAUGGCAUGCCACAAAUCUCGCGUUGGAACUGGUACACUCACGGUUUGCACCUCGAUCGCAUCUCUGGCGCCUUCCGCAAUCGCAUCCAGAUUGAGAGAUUUGUCGACAAGGUCACCCGUACAUGCUACAUCAUGCAACGAGACGAGUUCGUUGCUGGUGACGAAGCUCAACGCUUCCUUCUUAUCGACACUCUGGGAAGAGAAUACGAGGAGCUGGAAACAUCUCUUCGUGCAAACCACGCUUCCCACAUUGAUAUUCUCAACGCGCAAAUCGCAUGCCUCCAUCUCCGUCUAACAGCCUUCUUUGGUUCCCCUACGGCUCCGACCUACAAGUCCGAUCUCUCAGCGUUGUACAUUGCUGCGACAACAGUGCUUAAGACCUUCUUGGCUCUUCCUCCAAAUGUUGGAGUGCAUACUCCCGGCGGCGAACACCUCUCAGGACCUUACCAAUGCUUCGCAACCAAUUACAUGAUGCAAAUGCUCUUGGCCGCAGGCUUUACUCUGAUGAAGUUACUAAACUCAUUCUUCUCCAACAAAGUCGACGUCACCAGCGGCAGAACUCUGUUCCUGCAAACAGUCGCCGCCCUUCGCAAUCUCUCCGUCGCACCCAAUGACCUUCCCCAACGUCUCGCAGAAGUCCUCGCUCAAUUAUGGCAAGCCAAUGGCGGAGGCUCUACCAACAAACUCUACCCAGACUCUCCCAACUUCAUCCAGGACCCAGAACACUCUCUCCAACUCAAGGUCCGCUGCAGAAUGAGCAUGAGUCUACUCUACGACAGUGUCUGGAGAUGGAAAGAUCAUGUCGGCGCAGGAGCAUCAAAGAAUCUCGAUCGCGCUAUCCAGCAUCCUACUAUACCUACCGCUAUCCCCAACGCAGACACCACUAGUGAUGCGCUUCCGCCGUCUACCAUGGCGCCUGACCAAGACUUGACCUUGAGCGGUCUUGAGAACUGGGAGAAUCUUAAUUUUGCGGCCAAUGCGCCGUUUGAUUCUUUGGGCUGGGCAUUGGAUGGGUUCUUAGAUAUGCCUGAAGGGUUCAUGGCUUAG